UUAGGAGACUGUUGGCUUCUAGCAGCCAUUGCUUCUCUCACUUUGAAUGAAGAAAUUUUGGCUCGGGUGGUUCCCAGAGAUCAAAGUUUCCAAGACAGUUAUGCAGGAAUCUUCCACUUCCAGUUCUGGCAGUAUGGAGAGUGGACAGAUGUUGUUGUUGAUGAUCGAUUGCCAACCAAAAAUGGAGAGCUACUUUUUGUUCACUCAGCAGAGAGAAAUGAAUUCUGGAGUGCCCUACUGGAGAAGGCCUAUGCCAAGGUGAAUGGUUCUUAUGAAGGUCUUUCAGGAGGAAGCACUACUGAGGGCUUUGAAGACUUUACUGGUGGAAUUGCAGAGUGGUAUGAGCUGCAGAAAGCACCACCAAACCUGUUCAAAAUAAUCCAGAAAGCUCUUCAGAAAGGUUCUCUCCUUGGGUGUUCUAUUGAUAUCACAAGUGCUGCUGAGACCGAGGCAGUCACAACCCAGAAGCUGGUCAAAGGACAUGCGUACUCUGUCACAGGGGCUGAAGAGGUGAAUUUCCGAGGCAGCAUUCAGAAGCUGAUCCGGAUCCGAAAUCCCUGGGGAGAAGUUGAAUGGACUGGAAAAUGGAAUGAUAAGUGCCCAAACUGGAAUGGUAUUGAUCCAGAAGUGAAAGAGAGAUUGACCAGACAGCAUGAAGAUGGAGAAUUUUGGAUGUCAUUUAGUGAUUUCCUGAGGCAUUAUUCCCGUCUUGAGAUCUGUAAUUUGACUCCAGACACUCUGGCCGCUGACAAAUAUAAAAAAUGGAAGUUGAACUUGAUGGAUGGAAACUGGAGAAAAGGUUCCACAGCUGGUGGAUGCCGAAAUUAUCCUAAUACAUUUUGGAUGAAUCCACAAUAUUUGAUUAAACUUGAGGAAGAAGAUGAGGAUCCAGAUGACCCAGAAAGAGGUUGUACCUUCUUGGUUGGUUUGAUUCAGAAACACCGUCGGAAGCAGAGGAAGAUGGGAGAGGAUAUGCACACAAUUGGCUUUGCAAUCUAUGAGGUGCCUGAACAGUCUUCUGCCCAAAAGAAGGUCCAUCUGAGCAAAAACUACUUUCUCACAAACCGAGCAAGGGAACGAUCCAACACAUUCAUCAAUCUUCGGGAGGUGUUAAAUCGAUUCAAGCUUCCCCCAGGAGAGUAUAUUAUUGUGCCAUCCACCUUUGAACCCAACAAGAACGGGGACUUCUGUCUCAGGGUUUUCUCUGAAAAAAAAGCUGACUCGCAAGUUGUUGAUGAUGAAAUUGAGGCCAAUAUUGAAGAGAAAGAACUCACUGAAGAUGAAAUUGAACCCAAUUUUAAGAAAUUAUUUAAACAAUUAGCUGGAGAGGAUGCUGAGAUCUCAGCCUUUGAACUGUGUAAUAUUCUGAAAAAAAUCUUAGCAAAACGUCAAGAUAUUAAAUCUGAUGGCUUUAGCAUUGAAACAUGCAAAAUCAUGGUUGAUCUAUUAGAUACUGAUGGAAGUGGUAGACUGGGGCUGAAAGAAUUCCACAUACUUUGGACAAAGAUCCAGAAAUACCAGAAAAUUUACCGGGAUAUGGAUGUAGAUCAUUCUGGAACCAUGAACGCCUAUGAGAUGCGGAAAGCCUUGGAACAAGCAGGAUUUAAAUUGGAUUGCCAAUUGCAUCAAGUCGUUGUGGCCCGUUUUGCUGAUGAGCAGCUGAUCAUUGAUUUUGAUAACUUUGUUAGGUGCUUGAUUCGAUUGGAGACUUUGUUCAAGAUAUUUAAGAAACUGGAUACUGAGAAAACAGGAACAAUACAGUUGAAUCUUGACACUUGGUUGUGCUUUACUACCAUAUGAGAAAGCAAUGAAAAAAUGGCGAGAAGUUCUCUUGGGAAUAAACAUGGAACAUAUUUAACAAGGGCUUACUAUACAUCUUGUACUUAUUGUGAAGCUGCUAAAGGAGAGAGUAUUGAAAAAAACAAAGCAACUGCCAAAGAAUCUCAAUAUAUUAGCUAUAACUUUUUAUGUAAUACUAUAGUAUUUGCUUAAAGUCUUCCAGGUUUGCCAUAAGGUAGAUUUCUGGGAGUUGUCAUUCUAUUUCUAAGAGUAUUGGGAAUGGCUGCAUUUUCUAUUAGAAAUUAGCUUUGUAUCACAGAUUAUCUUAACCAACUGAAAUCUGAUUCAUCAGUAAAGAAUGCUUUUGCCAUUCAAAUAAAAGAUCGUUCAUAAUG